GAUGACAAGAUCUACCGAGCAACUGCUUCGUUACCAUGGAUAAGCCUCGCCACCAUCAGAUAGAAGCCCUGCUGACCAAUCCUUUCCCAGUACAGCUCUGUCUUUGCCAUGGCAACCAGUUGUUGGGCUUAGUGAUGGAUGCUGUGUUUCAUUUUUCUAUUCGCUGGUGGAAUGCCACACAUUGUGCUACAAAUGCGUAGAAUCGAAAUACACCGCACGAUCGAUGUAAACAAGGUUAUGUAACCGUACCCAUGGCCAAAUAGCGGCCCCCGUACCAGCAAGGCAUGGGGUAUGAGCCAACUAGGUAUUUGGUGCUAGCCGUCCUUCUCACCUCGUCCCAGUCAUCACAAUCAAAGGAACCCAAAACAAAGGAAUGGACCAAAGAGAUCUUCCCGAACCCUCAUCGCCAUGUCUACGACUGUGGCCAGAGAGGCAGGAGGUCGAAUGUCUGUGAUCCGAACCAUAUCAUUACUUAUGACGAGGCUGUCACCCUUGACAAAAUGAUCGACCGCCUGAAAGAGCUUCCCUGUCCAUGCGACGUGUGUCCUGGAGGUAAACGGGGCGGGUACAGCAUCGGUAUUGCACUUGUGCCAAUGCUUAAGUUGACAGCAGAAUAUGAUGGGUCGGUGAUCACCCCGAAGCAGCUGAUGCUGCAGAUAGAGCAGUUCGCGGUCUACCUUAGAGAUAAGAAGUGGAACUUUGGCAUUUGUAACAACGAUAUCAUUAUCCUUAUCGUCGAUGAACUAGACAUUGUUUUCAUAACAACCGGAUCAAUAGCCAAAAACAAAGUCACCAGCCUAUGUCUUGAUGAGUCCAAUGCUAGGGUCAACGAGACAUUCAAAGUGGGCAACUAUACUCAGGCAUUAAAGUUAUUGCUCACAGAUUUUAAGUAUUACUUCACAAAAGGUGGCAAUUGCACUGUGGGAUUCGGGGUCAAAUCAGACUGGCCGAUAGAAGCGAUAGUCGGAGUGAUCACAGGAACCCUGGUCUUUUUCAUCGUGUGUUGUGUGACGCUGACGAGGUUUUGCUCGGGUGCUGGUGCAUCUGGCGGCGGGAGCUCUCAUAGGCAUCAUUACAGUGCGUACACUCGUACACAGAAGGAGCAGAGGGACGGCCUCGUUGAGGGGAAGACCAUAGAGGGAGAUGGGUUCAUGAUAGAUGCUAUGAUUGAUGCUAGGGAAGAAGCGGCAAGGGAGCGCACGCAUGUUCAUGCUGUAUGAUACAGCUUGGGGGGAAAUGAUUACAUGAAGGAAAGAGGCUUCUCUCAUUAGAGUUGUCACAGGGCCCAAGCGAUAGGCCGUGUUCCGGUAACAAUAGACCAGCUCGAUCCUUUGUAGGCUGGGGAAACUGACGGGUGUGAGCAGUGCAUUUCACCUCUCCAGAAUUCGUUUGGGGAAAGAUCGGAACAGCCAGUCUAUUGUGGCUCGGAAUCGGUAUCAUUGAUCGGGUACCGUAGUUGUAGGCCUAUUACAUGAUUAAGUCAACGCUUAAACAGGUGUUACAGCUGUCGUGACGGGUGAAAAGCCUUGCAGUCGUUUUGAAAGUCGACCUACAUUGGGUUGGCUAUAGAGCUACUGCAAUUGAUACAAAACAUCCUCGGAUUGGCAUGAUCCUAAAAGUAUUCAACCCGGCUAUUUUUCGAAAAAGAACUAUUCUCACGGAGCUUAUUCUUUCAUUUCAUUCGUAAACCAAUUUAAAGGUAGUGCGCUGUAUCUUACUGUAUGCUCCUUCUGUGUAUGUGAAAAUGUGCUAUGUUUCAUCUUUAUCCAUUAGUGUGAACAGAUCGAAGUACAUGUCCGCGCUAUAUUUGUCAGUCUUGAAGAAGUGAAUGUCGUGUCUGUGUGCCUAAACUCCAGGUAAAAGCCGUGCAAAGCACCCUGGCUUAUCAGGAAAACUUAAUCAACCACCGUUGAAAUUGAUAUCUGAUGAUAGUCCCGGCCACCUGUUGAUGGUUCUACUCAUUAUCUUUGGCACGGAUGCUCUCUGUUCCCAAUAAAUCGAACUCAUGUGAUCUAUGGCCA